AGAGUGUAACAGAGAGAGAGAGAGAUCCAAGGACAGACGGCACUGAGGGGAGGGGAAAACACACACUCUCUCUGUCACACCUACCCCACAGCCUCACAUAGCCUCUGUAUGAGACAGAACAGAUCUUGACAUUGUGAGGAAGAUGCAUGUCUACAUCAGAGGAGCAUCCAGGACAGGACAAUAGCUCCUAAAGCUGCAGAGACAGAUACAUGCCAGGGACUACAAACAUACAGAGAGAGAGAGAAAGAGAAAGAACACAGCAAGCCCAGAGGGAAGGACAGCAGCAUUUCAGAGAGGGCAGCACAAGGUGGAAGAGGCAACAUUUGCAGGUUUAUUCUGUUGGACCUAAACAUCCAUUCUUAAACAGCUGCCUUUUGGGGUUUCUCCCUCUCUUUGCACGCAGACAUCCACUCUGUCUCUUGCCGUCUGCAGAGAGCUCCCACCACUGCUGCUGUGAGAUUACAGUCUCCGUACUUCUGUGCACAGCACCAGAGAAGACUGCUGCUUGUAGUCCGAGACCAUGAGUGAGGCGAAGAAAGGUGAGCUAGCCAUCCGGGAUAAAGCCAUCCUGCACCAGCAGAGGCGUCUGAAGCAGAACACCCAGUUCACACACAAGGACUCUGCUGACCUCCUGCCCCUGGAUGGGCUGAAGAGACUGGGCACAUCCAAAGACUUGCAACCUCACAGCAUCGUCCAGCGCCGCCUGAUGGAGGGAAACAUCACGCGGCUGCGAGGUGAGGCCCGGGACCAAAGCGCCAGGGUUCGCUCCCCGUUGGCCGACACCAAGGACGGGCCUGCUGACGCCGAGGAGAGGAGCGAGAGCACAGCCGACGACUCCACGGAGGAGAGGGAGUCUCUGGAGGAAAGCGAGAGGAGCCUACGGUCGGACGAAGAGGACGACAGCAGCGAAGCCGGAGCCAGACAGACAGCUGAGAAGGCCGAGGGCACGGAGAGCUCGACCCUCCUCACAGCUCUGGUUGUUCAAUGCAAGUGCUGCGAGACUGAAGUCAAGGCAUCCAUCAACACUGGCAGCCAACAUAACCACAUCUCCACCUCCUGCUGCCAGAGGCUGGGACUGGUGCCCAGUCAGGACAGUUCACCAUGUGGUGUGAGCAGCUCAGUGACAGGUCUGCAGCUGCAGUUGGGCAGACAGACGGUCCAGUGUUCAGCCUAUGUCCAAGAGGAUGAGACGUUUGAGCUGUGCCUGGGUCUUCAGACUCUGUUGGAACUCAAAUGCUGCCUGGACUUGAGCAGUCAGGUCCUGAAGCUGCAGGACUGCGGCGAGGAGCUGCCGUUCCUGAACCCCUCGACCGACAGCCAGUGCCAACACGACACCAACGAGAACCUGUGAGCCCGACUCGACGGCGGCGACCACUUCCUAAAAUCUCCCACUGUUUGCGGGAACGUGGCGUGAUGCCAAAUGUGUCUGGACUGUCCGAUCACAGUGUCUCACACUGCCAGAACAUGGAUGAGCAUUCGCCACCGUCGUUCUUGAGUUUACAUCAUUGUGUUUGUAGAAUUAAGACAUUCACCAUGAUUAUCUCUUAUAUUAAAUUAGUCUAGUUCAGAGAGCGGAUGAAAGCCAGUUAUGAGCCAAUCCGAUCUGUGAGUUCAAUCAUUCUUUAUGAUUAUACUGUAUAUUCAAACCAAUUCCUCUGUUGAGCUGCUUGGGUACACUGACGCUCUCGUAAAAGGGAAAACCAUUAUAAUCAUUUAAAGUGAACUUUGGUGGAAUAUUUUGUGAUUUGGCUGUACAAAAGUUACUUUAAAUCAUCAAGUAAAUCAAGAAAAUGUUAAUUGUAAACUUAAAUAAUUUCACUUUAGACGGUGUUAAAGGAACAGUCUUAGAUUUUGGGACAUAUGUUAGUUCAUUUUCUUACCAAGUUAUAUGAAAAGACACCACACUCAUGUCUGUACGGUAAAUAUGAAGCCAGCAGCUAGUCAGUUUAGCUUGGCAUAAAGACUGGAACUGGGGAAUCAGCUAACCUGGCUCUGUUCAAAGCUAACAAAAUCCGCCUAGAGGCACCUCUAAAGCUCACUAAUUAACAUCUCUGUUUAAUCCAUACAAACACUCAAACGUAAAAACAUCAAGUAGCUUGACUUUUUUCCAUUUCAGUGUUUCCAUGGAUUAAACCUGUAUCGAGUUCUUAAUGUGUUAAUUGAAAUUGAUUUUAAAAUGCAUGUUACUUAACACUUAUAAAAAGAAAAGUUUUCACAAUAUUUCAUAUAGUGAGCUAUUUCACUAUAUCUGUUACUUUCAGCCUACUAUUUCAACAGUUUAUCCAUUAAUUUCAACUGUUUGCUCUUUACUUUUAGCUAGCUAUUUCAAGUGUUUAUCCAUUACUAUCUAACUGAACGGCUAAUCCAUUACUUUUAGCUUUUUCCCCUUUUAUCCAUUAAUUUUAGCUAACAAUUUCAACGGUUUAUCUAAAUACUGUUAGCUAUUUCACCAUUUAUCCAUUAACUUUAGCUAACUUUUUCAACUGUAACAUUUAGCUAACUGAACUGCUAAUUCAUCCAUCUUUUUUUAACCAAUUUUCAUGCUUUAGCUAUUUCACCAUUUAUCCAUUAAUUUGAACCAUUUCAGCUGUUCAACUUGUUCAAGUAUCUACUUAUGUUUAGUUAACUAUCACUGGAAGUAAUUUCUGAGCUUUAGAGGUAGUGGGAGAUGGUUAUGAGGGUGGUAUUGAUCAUUUUAACACUCUUAUUAAGAAUGUGAAUAAGCGUAUUUCACAAAAUGUCAAAGUAUUUCUUUAAAAAUCAACAUGACUCAUCUAAAAAGUGUCGGUACUCAGGAUGCCUUUUCCAGUGCGCUUUAAGGAAAUUUUGAGAAGCCUUGAAGUUUUUUUGAAGACUUGUGUUAAUUAAGUUUGGAUCAGGCUACCUCUUUAAGGACGGGUUCUCAUCUAGAAUUUUAAGAGAGAUCUGAGGUAAACACCACAGUUUCUGAUGUAGUUUUAUUCAGCUUUGUAAAGCCCCUCUGCUCUUUCUUCCCCCAUCAGAGGACUGACGUGGUUAGGUUUUCCAGGAGCACAUGACCAGUCUGUCACGACAGCCUAGACUCAAUUACAGUAGUUCCCUAUAAGUCCCUUCUAAUAAAAAUAGACUUCAGGCCAGCCAGCAAAACAUAUUUGAGUCAGACUACAGAAAUAUCAAGACAUUCCAUCUGCAUGACUUUGUAAAGUUCUGCCUUUGUAUAAGUCUGCAUGUUUGUGUACUAGUCUGAUUGUGUCACGUUGAAAGUCUGAAGGGGCUGUAUGUGUGUGUGUGUGUUUACGUGUGCAUGUGUGUGUGCGUUAGGAGUCGAAGCAGGGUUUUUCUGCCCUGUUUCGGCUUGUGUUUCACAUGGGAAAAAGUGGAAAAAGUCCUAUCUUUCCCCCAAACCGGUCCACCGAGCUCCGCUCAGAAAAAGCUGCCAAAAGCCGACCCCAGCUGCCUUCCCUCUCUGCCUCUUUCAGGAGAUUUUCAUCACUCGGCUGAGGCUGCACUCUGUGCCAAGGCCCCUCUUCAAACUCAUCUUCCUCUUUAUUCAGAGGACCGGUCUUCUUGUGUAUUUACCACCUUUUUUGGCUGAUGUUACUCACUUUGAUGCAUCAUGUUUGCUGAUUUGCCUCUCACAAGAGAAUGAAAAGUAACUCCCCAUUACAGUGCCACCUGCCUCUCUCAUCUCUCAGUGUUUUCAUAGUGUGGAGAAUCAAGAACUGCCUCAGAUCAUGCUCUGCUUUAACAACACCUGAGCCGUGCCGUGCUUUUGACUGUGCUACAGUAUCCAUCUGACCUCUCCGUGGAGGUCAUCCACGCGUAGUUUGGCAAUGUUUGUUUCUCUUUGAUGUACUAGUGACCUUCCUAUGCUGUAUGAGAGGAAAUGAUGUAUGAUAGAAAUUUAUUUUUGGUGUUUCUCUUCUUCUGAACAGUAUUUUCUCUGCCUAAUAAAAUAUGUAUUC